UAGUAAGCGACGUACGAAGAACGGGCCCCAGGGCUUGAUUGGGGCUGACGCUUGACAGGGAUUGUUUUUGGCAGCAUGUAAACAAUUUACCACCAACACGGAAAAGAAAAAUGUUAAGGAAUAAAGUGAAGUUCGGUGCAGUGGCCUUGGCUCCUGUUGCUCUGGGGGCCGUAGGUUUCACCUCAGCUGGAAUAGCUGCAGGCUCCUACGCUGCAAGCAUGAUGUCUGCUGCUGCGGUGGCUAAUGGAGGCGGAGUGCUAGCUGGAGGCAUGGUGGCUGUUUUACAGUCAGCAGGUGCAGCUGGGCUGUCGGGGGCUGCCACUGCAGCUGUGGGCGGUGUUGGAGCUGCUGCAGGAGCAGGACUGAAAUUACUGGCAGGUGUCAUACGGAAAUAAAAAAUGUAAAUAAUCUCACAUGGCAAAUUCUAAUGAUAUUUUGUUGCCACUGCUCUUCCUACUAAUGAGCAUUGUUGUGAUGUCAGAAAUAUGAGUGGUACAUUUUUUAACUGUUUCAGUGAAUGAGUGAAAGUGUUUCUGCAGUCAGUGUUUCUGUCACUGACCUCAUUUCAGUGCAUCAAAGAGUAAUUCCACAAAUUCAGAGUGUUGUAAAAAUUUCAGGAUUUAAUGAAAUUUUUUGGUCAUACCACGUUACUGAAGUGUUUAAACUAAAGAGUGUUCUAGUGUUUAUUCAUUCAAGGUUCAAAAUAAAGGAAGAUAUUAAACCAGA